GGAAGAGGAGGAGGAGGGAAGAAGAGGAGGAGGGAAAGAGGGGAGGAGGAGGAAGAAAAGGGCAGCGCUCGCUCGUCCGCAACUUUUUUUUUUUGUUUGCGCUUCAAGGACCCCGCCCGCCUCGAAACGGGGGUUAGGUUGGGGGGGGGGUCGUAGACCUGGGCUUUUCUCCCUCGGAGUUGCAAUCUCCCCUUUGCACAAGUUUCCUGCAUCUCUCUCUCUCCAAAGGGCAGCGAGGCUGAUUUAGGGCUCGGGGGGGGGCGACUUCCAGGGAGCAAAAGAAAAGCCCCUUCCCCACUUUUGUAGAUCUCCCUCUCUCUCUCUCUCUCUCUUUUUUUUUAAAUCCCCCAUUCUGUUUUUUCCCAGUAAUUUUUUUUUUUUUUUAGGGAGAGCAUCCGGGGUCCUUCUUGGCGACGCCCCCUACCUCCCCCCCUCCACUCCUCCUCCCUUGAUCUCCCCUCCCCCAGGGAGGGGGGGGACUCAGCGACCCCCGAGGCUUUCUCCCCCCCCCCUCCUCUUUCUUCUCGCUCCGCCUGCGCCCGGUCCGGGGAAGUUUACCGUAAACUUUGCAAGGCAGCGGCGGCGGCGGCGCGUGGGAAUCCCACGCGGGAAGGGAGGGGAAGCGGCGCGCGGGGCCAGGAGAAGCCGAGAGCGCGCUGCAACCCACCUACCCACCCACCCGGGCCGGAUAGGACCGGGGGCCGGGCCUUCUGGGUUGGGGAGUCCUCCUUAACCCGCCCCAACUUCGCCUUCUUUUCCCCUCCUUGGAUGAUGGUUCAGCGGCGGCUUGUGAAAUUGGGAAAUCGGGGCAGGGGCGGCGGUGGGAGCCAGAGGCAGCCGGAGCGAAGAUGCCUUCCGUCAUGGAAAAAUCGGGGAUCCUCUCCAGGAGCCGGGCCAAAUCAGCCACCAACGGUACCCACCCCAAUUCCGAAGACGAGAGCAGUGAGGAAGAGCACUCGCACGAUAGCAUGAUCCGAGUGGGAGCAGAUUACCAGGCAGUCAUUCCAGAGUGCAAACCAGAGAGUCCUGCUCGGUUCAGCAAUAAAGAGUUAAAAGGGAUGUUGGUUUGGUCACCUAAUCACUGUGUCUCGGAUGCCAAAUUGGACAAAUAUAUCGCCAUGGCCAAGGAAAAGCAUGGCUACAACAUUGAACAGGCUUUGGGGAUGCUAUUGUGGCAUAAACACGACGUGGAGAAGUCGCUGGCCGAUUUAGCCAAUUUCACGCCGUUCCCCGAUGAAUGGACGGUGGAGGACAAAGUCCUGUUUGAGCAAGCCUUCAGCUUCCACGGGAAAAGUUUUGCUCGCAUCCAGCAGAUGCUUCCUGACAAGUUAAUCCCCAGCCUGGUGAAAUAUUACUACUCUUGGAAGAAGACCAGAAGUCGGACAAGCGUGAUGGAUAGGCAAGCCCGAAAACUGCUCAGCAGGAAGGAAAAAGACGACAGCAACGAUGAAUUAGAAGACGCACGGCAGGCCAGCGAAGGGGAAUUUGAUGCCAUGGAUCCCAAGAAGGAGCCUAGUUAUCCGAAGCCCCCCAGCAGCAAACCUGGGCCAAUGAAGAAGGAAGUGCAGCUACCCCAAUAUCGGCACCACCCUCUCCGUGCCCGCCGGCGCCCUCCGAAGGGCAUGUACCUGAGCCAAGAAGGCAUCACGGGCCUCUCCACCAGCCCUGACAUGGCCGUGCUCACCUUGCGCCAUCUGGACUCUCAGCUGGUUUCCCUCAAACGCCAGGUGCAAAGCAUCAAACAGAUCAACAGCAGCAUGAAGCAGGCACUAGGCGAAGGGAUACAUAAACUGCGCCCAACGGAGACUAACAUCAAGUUCAAUUCCCGCUGGACAACCGAUGAGCAGCUGCUGGCAGUGCAGGCCAUCCGGAAAUACGGCAAAGACUUUCAAGCCAUCGCCGAGGUGAUCAGCAAUAAGACGGUGGCGCAGGUGAAAACCUUCUUCGUCAGCUACCGCCGGCGGUUCAACCUGGAGGAGGUGCUGCAGGAGUGGGAGGCCGAACAGGAGGGCCUAAGCCCGGCCCCCGCCCAAGGCAGCUCGUCCCCCCAGGAGCAGAAGAGCAGCAGCGAGGAAGAGGACGAGGUCCAGAUCACCGCCGUAUCGCGAUCUGCGCAGCCGCCUCCAACCCAGCUGGCCCAGCCGCCUCCUGCACUUCCCCCCCUCCCUGCCUCUCCCCGCCCUCCCCCUGUGGCGCUCUCCCAGCCUCCCCCCUUGCUGAGGCCCACCCUGCCCACCGCACCCAUGCUGCACCGCCAGCCGCCGCCCUUACAGCAAGGGCGUUUCCUCCAGCCCAGACUUUCGGUCAACCAGCUGCCGCCUCCGCUCAUCCGGCCCGCGGGGUCCCGCCAGGCUCCGCCGCGAGGAGCCCAGCACCCUCCAUCGCUGCUCAGUGGGACAGGAGAGCCGCCCCCUCUACCCUCCUUGGGGUCCCUCUGAAGGGGGACCCCUCUGCGCCAGUCUCGUUGCGGCUCCGGUGGGUGGGGUUCAGCUGGGAAUGGUACGAGCCCACCGGAGUGGGUUGGAGGCAGUGGGGAGGGGAGGAGGUGGGGUGGGCAGGAGAAAGGGGAGGGGGUCUUUCCACUCCUGCCCUCCCCUCCAUCGCGGAGAGCUGGCAGUCCUGGAUGGGGUAAUGCUGGAAUUGGGGUAAGGGGUUUGGUGGGAUAAUGAGAAAACAGUAGAAGAUGUAGCUUGGAAUAGGACUGGACUGAGUACUUUCCACUGCUUGAAAAGAAGGGGAGGAUGAUGAAUUGAGGGGGAGGAGAGAAAAAAAGGGGGGCUGUCUGCCCAAUUUUGUGGUGGGGGGAAGAGGCCAAACUGCUCCAGAAUCAGAAACCCCCAUUCCGAAGUACGAAGACUUGGAAUUUCUACAAGGACGACCGGAAAAAAAAAAGAGGAUUGAAGUCGGAUCUGCUCUGUACUUACUCAUCGCUCUCCUCCUGGAAGCAGUGUGCGAGCAUCGGAGGCCAGCUGUGGGUCGCCUUAAGAGGAAGAAGAGGACCAUUUACGUGCCCCCCCAAACUUUCUGAGAACCUAGCAGCUCCCCCCCCCCCACUCUUCCCUUCUGCCGGCAGCUCAGCGCCGGCGUCUUUUUAGAGUCCACGCGGCAUUUUCAAUAAAAGAUAUUUUGGUACAA